AUGGAAAAAGGUCAAGCAGUCGAUAUCGAAGCUCAACAAGGCAAAGCACUCAUCGACGCGUCUCUGGCAAACGGAGUGAAACACUUCGUGUACAGUUCCGUGGACCGGGGCGGCGAGAAGAGGUCGUUCGAAAACCCAACACCCGUUCCUCACUUUGCCAGCAAACACAAGGUGGAGCAGUACCUGCUCGAGAAGACGUCUGGCGGCAGCAUGGGCUGGACUAUACUCCGGCCGGCCGGCUUCAUGGACAACUACGUCCCCGGCUCGAUGGCCAAGGUCGUCUUCACAGCCUGGAAGGUGGCCAUCGACAAGGACCGGCCGCUGCAACUGAUCGCCUGUGCCGACAUUGGGCACUUUGCCGCCCAGGCUCUGAUGAAUCCAGACAAGUACCGGGGUCGAGCGAUCUCUCUUGCAGGCGACGAGUUGACAUUUGACCAAGCCGCUGCUGUGUUCAAGCACAAGAUCGGCAGUGGCAUGCCGACGACCUAUGGCGUGGUUGGGUCUCUUACACUCUGGGUUUUGAAGGAUGGCACCAUGUUCAAGUGGAUGGACAGUGAAGGAUUUGGGGCUAAUGUUGAGGAGCUGAGAGGAGAUUAUCCUGGAAUGAUAGACUUUGGCACUUACUUGGAGAAGUACAGCGGCUACAGCCGUAGUACAUGA